UUUUUAGACACACUAACACUGGAAGAAUGUGGGUGUUGCUGUACUGGGCAACCGUCGCUCUCUUCUUCAUCACUACUAUAUUUCUUUUGUACAUACCACUUCCGGCUGAUAUAGCUGAUCGAAAGAAAUUACAAGUUAUGGAGUACUUAUUACGUAUUAUUUACGAGUACCCGGGUGAUCUCAUCGAAUUUGUGUUUGGACCUAGGAUACGAAAUCAGUACAUAAGAUUAUUAAUAGAGAUUGGUUUCAUUAUCCCAUGGCCAGCUCCUGAUUAUGUAAAGAUUCAUAAUGAAUCAAUUGGCGGUACAAAAGUACGAGUGUAUACUCCUAAGGAGAAAAAAACUAAUGCAGCACUAAUUUUUAUCCACGGCGGAGGAUGGUGCACGAUGAGGGCAGGCUGUUACGAUGACUUGAUGUGCGGUUUUGUGCGUCGAUUAGGCAUAACUAUCUUUUCAAUUGACUAUCGACUAGCACCUGAAUAUCCGUACCCAUAUCCGGUUGACGAUUGCGAAGCGGUUGUCAACGAAUUGUAUCAUAACAGCUAUACACGAUUUGAUAUCGAUCGCGAUAAGAUCUGUAUCGCUGGAGACAGUGCAGGUGGAAAUAUCGCAGCGGUAAUCACACAACGAUUGGCUAAGAGAAAUGAAAAUUUCUUGAAGUGCCAAGUUCUCAUCUAUCCGGUAAUCCACGUUUUCUCAUUCCAGUCCUCAUCUUACUUAGACUACUAUCAGAAGUACAAUGGUACUUCACUGCUAAACCCUCGUGCUAUGGCACGAUGGAUUUUGCUUUAUCUCGGACUUCCUGCUAACAGGAAGAACGUCGAAAAACUCACAACUAAUCAACAUAUAUCUCGAAAAUUGUACUCUACUCCUGAAAUCCAAAGUCUAGUCGGCACUUCGAUUCCUGGCUUCCAGAAAAACCCAAAGACCUUGUCCGAGGAUUACGACGAAUAUGAAGAUGAGAAAUUACUGCGAACAUUUGCAACGAAGGGAACUGAUCCAGAUGUGUGUCCGCUUUUUGGAGUUACUAAAGAUCUUCCACCUGCUUUCGUACUUACUGCGGAAUACGACGUUUUAAGAGAUGAAGGAAUUGAAUAUGCGAAACGAUUGCAAGAACAUGGACGACUCUGCUCGUGGAAACAUUACAAGACAGCAUUCCACGGUGUCUGUAAUAUGCCGUACAGCUUGGUCAAACGAGAUAUGACCAGAGACGUCUGCAGUUACUUACGGAAUUAUAUCUAGCAUAAGAAUCGUGUGUAGAAACUCAGCAUGAUAUAUACCUCGAUUUCUCCUUGCAUGGCAGGUGUAUGUAAGUAAUUGUGUGCUCAAAUUAGUAUGAAUUACGAACGGUUAGCAUGAUGAACGGUUGCUCAAGAAUGCAUUUAUAUUGUACAGUAUUGUCUUUAAGCGCUGUAAAAGAAAAAUUCUCAAAGAAUUUUU